AUGUGGAAAGAAGUACCCAACACGUACACUGUGCCAAUCAUCUCAGAGUGCCUUCCUAAUCAGGUUGUUUGUCCCAGGCAGUACACAUCGCGCUCGCUUCUUCCUUCUUUCUCCCUCUCUUCUUUCUCCACGUUUCGUGUUCCUGACUCUGGAUCAACCUCGAUUCGUCUGUUCUUACUUUACAACUUGACUGUAAUGGAUCCCAACGAGGAUGCAGCUCAGCAAGAGACUGCCGAGUUUGAUAUGGCCUCGGCCACUGGUUCCCCCAAGCCAGUGAAAGAGGAUGUAGCAGCUGGUGUGCUCUCAGGCAUUGGCCCUGAUGCUGAGGCUGCAGGCCAAGUUGCUCGUGACAGGGGCUGGACUGACCCAGUGCCUUUUGCGUACUCAGAGCUGAACAGCAGAGACGACCAGCGUGAGUGGGCUGGCAUUGCAGCACGCUACGAAUGGGAUCAGGAGUAUGGUGAAGUGGGCCCCGCCCAUCCAGAGCUGGAGGAGCAGCUGUUCCGAGGCAGCCUGAUCCCCCGUGCGGGCUCCAAGCUGGAGGACUUGAACAACUUCAAAGUGAACGUGGAGUCUACCGAUGCUAUUGAAGCGGUGCAUGAGUGGAAAGACUUAGGUCUUCACCCUGUGAUGCUUCAGAACAUCGCUCUGUGUCAAUAUGAUCGCCCCACUGCGAUCCAGUCCUAUGCAAUUCCCGCGGUGAUGUCCAAUCAGGAUCUCAUUGCGGUGGCCCAGACCGGCUCGGGAAAAACGGGUGCCUUUCUGAUUCCUAUCCUGUCCAAGCUGAUGGGAAAAGCGAAGAAGCUGGCCGCACCUCGUCCCAACACCGUGCAAGGGUUUGACAUGGUGCGAGAUGGUGUUCGUGCUGAACCUCUGGUGUUGAUCGUUUGCCCUACCCGCGAGCUGGCUACUCAGAUCUUUGACGAGGCUCGUCGCCUGUGUUAUCGCUCGAUGCUUCGCCCUUGUGUCGCCUAUGGCGGUGCCCCUUCGCGGGCUCAGAGAGAGGAGCUUCAGAAGGGUUGUGACAUCCUCAUUGCUACCCCUGGCCGUCUCCUCGACUUCAUGGAGCAGACUCAUGUGCUUUCUCUUCGACGUGUUCGCUACACUGUCAUUGAUGAGGCAGAUGAGAUGCUGGAUGCAGACUGGGAGGAUGAGUUUAAGCGCAUUAUGUCCGGUGGAGAUCUUAACGAGGAUGGCGAUCAUCGUUACUUGAUGUUUUCAGCCACCUUCAACAAGGAGUUCCGCAAGCUUGCCAAGGAUUACCUUACUGACGACCAUGUUCGUCUUCGUGUUGGCCGUGCUGGCAGUACACACCGUAACGUGGUUCAAGACAUUGUCUGGGCGGAUCAGCACCAGAAGAUGAAGGCCCUCUAUGAUCUUCUGAUUAGCAUGCCUCCUGUUCGCACCUUGGUUUUUGUGAACAGCAAGGACCAGGUCGACUUCGUUGAUGACUAUCUCUACAACUCGGGAAUGCCUACAACUUCCAUUCACAGUGGACGCACCCAGAUUGAGCGUGAGGACGCUAUUCGUUCUUUCCGCACUGCCAGAUGUCCCAUCAUGGUUGCCACUGGUGUUACUGCUCGUGGACUGGAUGUGGUCAACGUUUUGCAUGUGGUGAACUACGAUCUUCCUAGCACCAUGCAUGGUGGCAUCACCGAGUACGUUCAUCGGAUUGGUCGGACUGCUCGUAUCGGUAACGAAGGAAUCGCUACUUCGUUCUAUAAUGAGCGCAACGAGGAUAUUGCCUAUGACUUGGUGAAGAUUCUCAUGGAGUCCAAGCAGACCAUCCCUGACUUCUUGGAGCCGUACCGCCCUGAGAACGACGAGCUUGACUUUGAUGACAACUCCGAGGAUGAAUUCUUCGAUCAGCAGGAAGAGGAAGCCGGAUUUGGGGAUGGAUCUGAGGCUGGAGAUAAGGCUGAUUCUCAAGAGGGGGAUGCUGAAAAGGAGAACCAGCCCGUCUCUGAUGAAGUUGAUGAUCCUUUUGUGGACUCCAACAAGUCCAAGAAGGAGGUGGAUGAUUGGAAGGAUUCCGAGAAUGAAUCUCGUUCUUCCAAGCCGCCCAAGGUGUCUAAGCAGAAGGAUGAUUGGAAGGAUACCGGGACUCCCACUCGUCCUUCCAAGUCUAAGGAUUCUGCGAUAAAUGAGUCUGCAUGGGCCCCCAAAAAUGAUGACUUCUGGGGCGCGCCGCCUUCCAAGGCUGAUCGAGCCUGGUAG